CCCAGUAACCCAAGUUUGCGGUCCUCUUCUGCGAGGCAGGAGGCAGAGCGCCAGUGAGCCAAUUAACAAUGAAUAGAGCCAUCCUCUCCAUCGCUAAAAGAGCUGCAACUACAGUUCAAAACUCUGCUUCAGCGGCACCCAAUAGUAAACUAUUUGUUGCAGGUUUGUCAUGGUCAGUUGAUGAGAAAUCCUUAAAAGAUGCUUUCUCUUCGUUCGGAGAUGUUACUGAAGUUAAGAUAACAUAUGAUAAAGACAGUGGCAGGUCAAGAGGCUUUGGGUUUGUUAGUUUCUCAAAAGUAGAUGAGGCUGUAUGUGCAAAAGAUGCCAUGGAUGGCAAGGCAUUGUUGGGUCGAUCAUUGAGAAUAAGCUUUGCACUUGAAAGGGUUCGUGGUGGACCAGUGAUUGUCCCUCGCCUUUCAGACAGUGGAGAUCACUAUAAUCGCAAUGGUUGAAAGUUGGAACUCCUUCGAAUUUGAGCAAUGAACUGUGUGUUGUAAUUGUAACAAUGGAGAUGAAUAAUGUAUUUUUUUCUUUUAUGGCAAAGUGAAAUUAUAUUCAUAAAAAAUUAUAGUAUCAUAUGAAAAUUGGAGAGACAGGAUCCUACUCCUUUAGAUCA